AUGAGUGCGCAGGCUACUCGCCUCGAGAACCUCUUCCUGCUCUUGCGCGACGGAAGCAGCGCACAGAUCCGCGAGAACGCAGCGGAGAAGUUGGGUGAGGUGGCCGCGCGCUCUUCCGAUGUCUGUGAAUCCAUUUUGCAGCAGUUGCGGCCUUUAAUUGUGGACAGUGAGUGGGAGAUCCGAGUGGCUGCAUCCAAGUGUCUCGAUGUGGUGGCGCGCUCCUUGCGACACGAGAACGAGAACGUCGCGGAUCUCUUCGCCUUGGUCUCGCUCGGUAGCCAAGAAGCUUCUAGUGCGGCGUUGAAUCUGCAGACUGUGGAUAUCAGCCAGGUCGUGCAGGAGGGUGCACCGCUAUUGCGCAGCGGAGGAGAAGAGUAUCAAUACACGACAAAUCUGACGGAGGAAGAGCGGCGGAUCCACGCUGUGAAGCAACGCCGACUGCUGUUGAAGCGUUUAAGUGGAGCAGGAGGUCCGAUCUGGAAAACACGCGAGGAUUCACUGACGAAGCAGCUACUUCCACGACUCAACCGAGACCAUGCACAGGAAAUUGCGGAUGAUAUUGAGACUAGUGAGUCACAACCUCACGCAGAAGAGGAACCUACUACGGCUAUUAAUCGGAAGCAAGCAAGUGAUAUCUUAUCUAUUCCGUCACGUUCAAAGCGUCGCUCGGUUCAUGACUCGGCUACAGGGAGUGGCGUAAAACGACUGAAAGCUGAUGAUUGCAGCGAUACUGAGGAUGUGAUUAUGCAAUCUGGAGGCGAAAUUGGUUCUCAUUGUCGAAUCGAUGAAAGUGAAACGCAAACAAAAGCAGCGAUCGUCGCAGGUUUGGUCUCCGAUAUGUUUGAGAGUAUGUUUGAUUCGAAGUGGGAGGUUCGACACGGCGCUCUCUUGUCGCUGCGGCAAAUUCUCCUAUCAUCCCACUUCACUGCGGCUGUUGAAGCAGCUCGGCCAGCGGUGGACGAGGCCACGCAGCGAAAUUUCGUUGAUAAAUGGCUGGAAGAGUGUUUGAUUCGCUGCAUCUGCGUACUAGCAUUGGAUCAAUUUGUGGACUACUCGGCAGAUGGAUCGGUCUCCCCUGUACGCGAGGUUUGCGCACAGGUGUUUGGUAUUUUACUGGGCAGUCUCUCUAGCGAAGAUACACUGGUCGGGUAUUUGCAAGUAGUGAGGACGCUGUUCAGUGGGUUGACCUGGCAGGCGUGUCAUGGUGGGCUGUUAGGGCUGAAAUAUCUGGUCCAAGCUCACAAAAAGCAUGCACAAGUGCUGAUUCCUCUCUUCUUCGACGAUAUUGUGACGGCGUUUUCUCAGUCUGAUUCAGAGGAGGACGUGCUAGUUCUGGCUGCUGAAAUGUUCAGAGAUUUUGUUUCGUUUUUGGAUCGGAUUGAGCCUGUGGGCAUCACGAAUACUACUGGACUGCUGUGGAGAUCUUUGAAGCUUCACGAAAGCGCUGGGAUGGUUUCCGCAAGCAUAGUUCAGGCUCUAAGUGCCUGGCAUAGUAAUCCUACAGUUGCAGAACUUUUGCAGGAUAACGCUAAAGUUCAGGCAGCUCUUUGGCAGAAUUUAUCGUGCACGAUCCCGAUGCUCCACCAUCAUUCGCUAUCUGUUCGAGCGUCCAGCACAACCUGCGUGGCAGCCAUAUUCUCCAGGGAGUCUUCGUCCUCACAGUCAAAUUCAGCUAACUUUGCUAAGGUAUUCCUGCCGCAUUUGCUACUUCAAGUGCUUUUGGAGGAAGAGGAGUCGAUCCAACGAAGCUUACUGUCCGCGUGGAAACAAGUUGUAAGAAACCUGUCGAAAGAAGAGCUACUGAUUCCUGUUAUUGAUGGUAAUCUGCCAAAGUGGAUGAAGCUGUUGUGGUCGACGAACGAGAUCAGUUGUUUAAACGUUGAAGUGGCCAAUUCUGAAGGUACUGUAUCCAUUGCAGACGUAAAUCAAUCUGUCGAUCGACUAGCACAAGAGAAUCUGUCCUCACGUGUGGUGUUUGCUGAGGCUCUUGGCUUUGCCGUUUCUCACGUUCCUCUUUCGAGCUCUUGCAUGACGCAGUUGAUUCGAUUAGUAUGUGAUGGUUUAUGCAGCAGUUCUGGGGAACGACAGUGUGGUGUGCUGCUAGCAUUGUCAAAAUGGGGUUACUAUGAGCAGCACCUGAAUGUCGAAGACCCACAAGAGCAAUCACGACGAAUUCAGCAUUUGCAAGACUCAAUCGGAGCUUUCCUGGGAUCCUUUGCAGAGAAUCAGUGGAGGACAGGUCAGUCUGAUGCAGCGAGUGAGGAGGGGCCAGUGUUUUACAGGGAGCAGCUUGGAUCGUUGAAAAGAGUCGUGCAGAUGGAAGCUUGCAUUAUCGAUAUUUUUUCAUCGGCAGGUAUCUCCCUUCAGCCUACGGAAAAACCAGACGCAGCGUCAUCAGCAGAUAUUUCACGGCAGAUCGCCGAACAUAUCGCUCUUUUUCCUUAUGAGAAGUUGCAAGACCAUCCGAAAGAGUUUGAAUUGGCGCAUUUCAAGCGACAAGAUCUCUUUCUGGUAGACGAGUUGGUUCAACAAAGUUUCUCCCGCUUUUACCAUCGGAUACAAGGUCUGGGAAGUAGCGCGUACUGUGUAAUCCUCCCGAUUCCAAAGAAGAGCGGCUUUUUGGUCAAAGCGCUGAUGAAUUCGAUCAAGGAAGAAGAAGAAAUAGCAUUCCGCGCUAUUUCAGCGCAAGCGAUUGCCAGGUUUGUGGUGGAUCAGGCACAUACUCAGAAGAAAUGUGUCGCCAAGAUCGUCUCCAACCUCUGCAACAGUGCUGCGGCGUUGAUAGGCGCAACGAGCGAUCCCUCCGACAGCAACCCGCAACAUGAUCCAAGCCCUGUUAUUCUUCCUGACGUACUCAAGAAGAUAAGGGUCCGAGCAGUGGGCGCUGAGGCUGCGUUAAGUGAGAUUUGUAAGCACACGGGUGAUUCUCUAUUUGAAACAUGUCGUGCGUUGGAGGAUGCCAUUUCCAAGGCGUGGAAGCAGCAAAAUGUUGAUGAGCUUACUAUUCAACGAUGCAUGCACUUGAUUAUGCUGGUGAUGCCCCAUACUGAGAGUGGCGCGAUGGAAAAAUGCUUGUCAUGGCUAGAGCGACUGGCACAAUUGAUGCAGCAGCCAUGUGAAGAUCAUCAAACACGGCGUACAGUCGCUCAUGCUGUUGCUAUUAUUUGCAAGAAUGCCCAAGGUCAGCACCGCGAACAUGCGAUGCUCAUUGUAUACAGCUCAAUAUUUGUGGCAUUUUCCAACACUGGCAGUGUGAAGACUGAAGCGCUUGAAGCUGCAGUGAUGGUGCUUGAUCGUAUCGUCCAUAUUCUUGGGGCAGACCUGACACCAUACGUACCCAGCCUCGUUCACUACGCGAUGAAGACCAUGAGCUCGCAGUCGAAACGUAUUCGCACUUUUGCAGCUGGGGCAUUUGCCGAUUUGGUUCCAUUGAUUCCGCUUCAAAUGGAUCUUGAGCUUCAUGAUUCUGCCCAGCUACUCCCUGAUUCGCUGAGAACAAUUGUGGAGGUAAACGCAGUUUCACGCAGCUUUCUCGAGAGCUUCUCGACGGGGAAAGCUGUUCAGCAUGCUGAUGUGACGGCUGGGUUAGCUCCGGAGACGACAUUGCGUUUGUAUCAACAGCACGGAGUGGACUGGCUGUGCUUUAUGGCCAAGAAUAAUCUUCACGGCAUUCUAGCGGAUGAUAUGGGUCUUGGUAAAACAUUGCAGACGCUGGCCGCUAUGGCGUCCACGUUAGGAAUGGAACUGAAGAACGAGGCAUCUAUGCCUUGCAUUAUUGUUUGCCCACCAAUUAUCGUUCACCACUGGAUCCAGGAGAUCAAGAAGUACAUCCCUGGCAUCUUCGCGUCCAUCAUCGACUACUCAACUCCUGCAAGUGAUCGAAAGCGUCUUCGUCGUGGGAAUGCUUUCCCUAUUUCGGGUCGCGGUUCAACGUUGAUCAUAACGACUUACUCGAUUCUGCGUGCAGAUAUCAAGUACUUCAGCUCUGUCGAAUAUAUGUAUGUGGUGCUUGACGAAGCGCAUUUGAUUCGGAAUCCGUCCACGGGACUAUUUCGUGCCGUGUUGGAGCUUCGCGCAUCGCAUCGUGUUGCUUUGAGUGGAACUCCGUUGCAGAAUAACGUGACGGACUUGUGGGCUCUGUUCGAGUUCUUGAUGCCAGGAUACUUAGGCGACUUCACUGUAUUUCGUCGCGAGUAUGUGCUCCCGAUAACAAAGUCGAAAGAACGAAAUGCGACUACGAAACAGAAGGAGCAAGCAGCGAUCGCAAUCGCAAAACUGCACCAGAAAGUAUUACCAUUUAUUCUUCGACGAACGAAAGAUCAGGUGCUCGACGAGCUUCCCCCGAAGAUUAUCUCCAACGUGUUACUCCCACUUUCCCCGCUGCAAAAGCGACUGUAUUCAUUGGCGUCGUCAACAGAGGAAGACACAAGCUCAGUAAACUCUUCAAGAACGAAGAAUCAAGAAAAGGAUGCGGCAACGACCAACGUGCUGACAAAUCUUCAACUGCUUCGCAAGAUUUGUGUACACCCAGCGCUGGUUGCUGACGAUAAAGCUGCUCAAGGUCUCAAUUCAAAGGAGAAGAGUGCGCUUUCGGACUGGAAGAGCUCAGGAAAGAUGACCGGGUUACACGAUCUCUUGGUAGAGUGCUGUGAUAUUGCGGCACGGGAUCAGAAAACUUCUAUAGACUCUGCUUCCAACGCUGAUGAUACCAGCUUUUCUCCUCAUCGGUGUCUGGUGUUCGCUCAUCUGCAAAAGACGCUGGAUCUCACAGAGCAAAUGCUACAGGACGCGUUGCCUGGAGUAAUGUAUCGUCGUCUGGAUGGAAGAACUUCCCACUCGAAGCGUGCAGAUAUUGUUCAGCAGUUCAAUGCCGACCCAUCGAUAGACGUCUUGUUGUUGACUACAUCGGUUGGUGGCCUGGGACUCACGCUCACUGGCGCUGACACUGUCAUCUUUAUUGAACACUCGUGGAACCCUUUUGUCGAUCUGCAAGCAAUGGAUCGUGCACAUCGCAUUGGGCAGAAGCGUACCGUUCGCGUAUUCAGGUUAAUCAUGGAGGAAUCUCUCGAGGAACACAUUGUAAACCUCCAGCAGUUCAAAGAGCAAGUUGCGGCUACGGUGGUGCAAAAGAGCGACGCUCAAAGCAGCAUGAACACGAAUACCAGAGGAGUGCUGAACUUGCUGCAAGCUUCGUCAUCCGCAGUGGCUGCCAAGGAACUUCGAGCAUCAGUUGCUGCAACAAAGAGCAGUGAAGGCGACCAGCACGUUGCUGCAGCACUUCCACAAGGAGCCCAAGAACUGCUCGACCAGAUCGGUGAGCUGUGGGACGAAUCUCAGUACGAAUCCUUAGCGUUUCCUGAAGACGAAUGA